AUCAAUUGGCACAAAAUCGCAGAACACUUCCCGGACCGCACCAAUAAAAACUGCCGCAAACGGUGGAUCUGCGUGUCCAAUCCCUCGGUGAACAAAGGCACCUGGAGUGGGGAGGAGGAUCGACUCCUCAAGGAGGCGGUGCAACUCUAUGGACGUAGAUGGGUUAUGGUAUCGCAGAGGGUGAGGACCAGGAAUCCCGAUCAAUGCUCGCGACGGUGGCGCGAAUCGGUGAACCCUAGGAUCUGUCGCGAUCUGUGGUCGUUACUCGAAGAUCAGAUCCUCCACCACGCGGUGCAGGAAUACGGAUAUCGCUGGACGGAGAUUGUGGACAGGUACUUCCCAGACCGGACCCCGAUUAUGGCCAAGAACCGCUACUUCAAACGAUUCAAUAAGGAGCAGUCGUCCGAGGAAUCGGGAGCUCCGACGCUGUUACACUACGUCACCGACCAUAGCCAGAGGACUCGCACCGGACCAGCUCUGAGCGGGCUGGAUCUCGUCGAGCAGUACUCGGGACUAUGGAGCCCCGAAGGGAAUGAGCCCAGUUCUUCAGCCGACUUAGACCCCCUCGCGACGACCCCGACGUGGACUGAUGAGCAUCUUGGCCUCAUUGAUACGCUAAUGCAUUGGACGCAGCCAGAGACCAGUGGGGAGGAGGCACCCCGGGAGACCCAGCCCCCUUGUUUAGCUAUGUACACAGAGUCACAUUAG